UGUCUCUCAGCAUAUGUGGCAGUGUAUGUGUGUGUGUGUGUGUGUGUGUGUGUGUGUGAUAGAGAGCGCGCGUACGACAGUGGGAGUUAUCUUUGACGCUGCUUCUUAAGCCAUUGCUCAGCAUCUUGUCUUGUCUAGAGGAUCUCGUGCCACCUGUGCUUCAGACUGCUUCAGAGUUUCGGCCUACAGGACCGCACAGACAUGGCUGAUGGUCGUGUUGUUCACCCAUCCGUCUUUGUAGUGGACAGCGGGAUCGGUUUUCCGCCGCCGCUGCCCCCCAAGCCGGGACAAAAGCGAAUCCAGAAACGGAGGAAGCAUCUGAUCCAGACGACGCUCUCGGUGCUGGUGUGUCUGGCUUUGGUUGGCUUAUUAGUGGAGGCUUUUUUCAUCUACAGUCUCCACCAUACUAACCCAACCACUGAGUCUAAUCAUGAUUCACCAAAGACCGAAGCACUAAAAGGAAGCCAGAAUGAAGGACAACCCGUUAGCAGGAAGUCGAGGCCAUUUACCCUCAUGAAUCCGUCAAAACCUCUUGCGCAUCUGACCGUAGCUAAGAAACCCGAAAAGGAAGGAAUCAUGGAAUGGAAUGAUAACGAGACCGGAGACUCCAUCCGGUACCAGCUCAAGUACAGAGACGGAAAGCUGAUUAUUCAGAAGGAGGGCUUUUACUACGUGUACUCGAAGCUUAGCUACAGUGCGGACGGCCCUUCUUUCAUCCAUACGGUGGAAAGGACCACGUCACGCUAUCUGGGUAAAUCGAUCAACCUCCUCAGGUCCAGCAACUACAAUUUCAAACCUGUCCACAGAUUCAACGUGAGGGACAGUUCUCUGGGUGGAGUCUUUCAUCUGCUCAAGGACGAUGCUCUUUUUGUUCACGUGAAUAACGGCUCUUUGAUUCGUCUGCACAUUUCCGCUGAUAACUAUUUCGGCACGUUUAUGCUGUAGAUACAAUUCGGCUCUACGUUUAUAACCAAACGUCCUCGGCGCUCUGGGGCUCGUCGACCCGUAAUGAUUAGAAUCGAAAUAUGAUGUAUUUAGAAGAUUAGGUUAGAAAUGUACAGAGGUAGGUAUGUAAAGGUAGAGACAACACUCGCGGGUGUAUAAAAGUAGUAGUGGUAUUCUAGUGAUGUUAUCUGUUAUACUGACAAUUUUAGACUCAAAUUCAGCCUUCUAAGUGGCCUGUUUACACUUGCACAACAAAUCAACGUUUAUUUUCACUGACAGUGUAAAGGCUGCGUACCGAUCUGUACAUGACCGUACAACACAAUGCGGUACUACCGCUUCUAUGGAAUUGCUUCAGGGACCAUGAUGUAUAACCAGAGUGUCUGUUUUUAAAAUGUUCUGUUUACUAAAACUGAAUUAAACUUGUUCAGGAAAUUUAAUCACUCUGGCUCUAAAAAAUA